AUGGCCGUCAAUCCGUCCAAACGCCAUAGCACCGACACCAAAGAUCUCUCUCCUCCGCCUGUGAAGAGGAAAUUGGCAGCAACAACGACCAACAAAGCGGUAGCCAAUUUCUUCAAACCCGCGUCCGAAAAGCAGCCUGAGAAAACGACGUUUCACAUUGUGCACGAUACUGUGCUCGUUGGCAGACAUGAUUCCGCUCAUACUUCCUCGCGGCCCAAACCUGUCAGGAUCGCGGCGUUCGAUUUCGACGAUACGCUCAUCGCAACUAAGUCGGGACUGAAGUUUGCGCGAGGCGAAGACGACUGGAAGUGGUGGCAUGCGUCCGUACCUUCGCGGCUGAAGAAGUUGCAUGAGGAAGGGUAUGCGAUUGUCGUCAUCAGCAAUCAGGGGGCGGUCAGCUUGCGCGCAGAUGCGAAAACGCCGGUCGCGGGGCAGAUGCGGAGUUUGAACAAUUUCAAAGGGAAGAUCAAGGCUGUUGCGCUGGCUUUGGAUGUGCCGUUGAGUGUGUAUGCUGCUACGGGGAAGGAUGAGUUUCGGAAGCCGAGGGGAGGCUUGUGGGGGUUAUUGAGGAGGGAUUAUGGGUUGGGCGGAGAGGGGGAGGUGGACGUUGAAGGGAGUUUCUUUGUGGGUGAUGCGGGUGGGAGGGAGGAGGAAAAGGCUGCGGGGAGGAAGAAGGAUCAUUCUUGCUCGGAUCGCGAUUUUGCCGCGAAUGUGGGCAUUGCGUUCCACACGCCGGAGGAAUUCUUUCUGGAUGAAGCGCCAAAGCCGUUCGUCAGGACAUUCGAGCCUGCGAAGUAUCUGGACACCGUGCUUUCCGCACAAACGGAGACCUCGCCUCUUCUCUUUGUGAAGAAGAACGAGGUAGAAGUCGUUCUAUUCUGCGGCAGUCCCGGCGCGGGCAAAUCGACUUUCUACUGGCGCCGGCUGGAACCCUCGGGCUACGAACGAGUGAAUCAAGACCUGCUCAAAUCACGAGACAGGUGCAUGAAGGUUGCGCGCGAGUUUCUAGCCGACGGCAAGGCGGUGGCCGUCGACAAUACCAAUGCCGAUAUCGAAACGAGAGCUGCGUGGAUUGCGCUGGCGAGAGCGGCGAAAGUGCCGAUUAGAUUGGUGCUGUUCACGGCGAGCGCGAAGUUGUGUGAGCAUAAUGAUGUUGUUCGGACUUUGGGUGGGGAUGCGGUGAACCCCGAGAAACGACAGAUGCUGCCCAAGAUAGCCUUCACGGGGUUUGCGUCGCGGUAUCGCGAGCCGAGGGUGGACGAGGGCUUCCAGGAUAUCACCAAAGUCGACUUUGAGGUAAAGUCCUAUCAACACCCCACAGUUCUGCACGACUGGCUGACUACUGGCACCAAGUUCGAAGGAACAGACGAGGAGAAGCAGCAAUGGAGGAAGUACUGGACAUCAUGA